AUGACCGAGUAGUUACGAUUGCUUCGUUACUGCGUCGUUUUAUAUCUUUUAGCGUAUUUGUAUUGCUGAUUCACAUGUAUACAUGUGUAUAUAGUGAGUGAUGUAUCAGUCUCACUUUUAGCACACUAUCAGUAUGUUACAAGCACAAUAUCUUUAUUAGAAACUUUUCCUUUUUUGUGGAAACUAAGAUGCCAAAGAGAACAGAGGCAAAUUUACCAUGCGAGAGCUUACAGCUUUGACCAACCACAAGUUUUUGGAGAUUCAACAAAGAAAUUUGCAUUCUUCUGAAGUUUUGGACUUACUCAUAGUUAAACUUUCACAUUUUGACUCAGCACACACUACCAAAUCUCUCAGAGCUUUAAUGUAUCACAAAAACAGUAAUUUUUAUUCUUUAUUUAAACAUUUUCAUAGAUAACAACAUUACAAAGUGCUUUCAUCAUAAUUAACAGCUGACCAUUGUUAUAUUUUGUACAUACAGGAAUUUAAGGAAGUAAAGUCUUAUUUCCAUGGUUGAUUCAUUGUCAGUAUUAAUUCAUCUAUAGUGAGGUCUGUUGUGCUGUUCUUUUUUUUUGAAAUUCGUGUUAUGUGUUUUGCCAAUGUUGACAUGAUUUAUGCUGUACAUGCUUUGGAAGUAUUGACCAAAUGUAUACUAGCUGUAAAGUCAGCAACCAUAACUCAGAGCAUUCCAAAGACUAAUCUGUAGAUCAACAUUUUAAAGACUUAUAUGUACUUAUACCAUAAAUAUAUAUGCUCAUUUUAAUACUUGCUGAAGGAUUGUGUUAAUGAAUUCAUGAUGAGGAAAACUUGUGUUGUAUUUUGUUUAUUUUUUUUGGUUUUGAGUGUUUCCAGUGAAAAAAGAAGCAGAAUAAGGUUCUAUCCAGACAUGCCAGAUGAUACAAAUACUUCAUGUCUUGGAAUUGUAUGUCCUAGAAAUUUUAUAUUUGUACCCUGUACACUUGGUGAUGGUAGAAAGGACACAUGUGUUGAAUGUCCAUUAGAUAGGCCAAUCUCAGUAGAGAAAUUUGAUUCAGCAUUUUUUUCUGAACCACCUGAUAAUAUUUGUAAAGAUCCAGAUGAAAUAUGUGUAUGUACUGAAGAAGCCAAACUUAUGAAUCCAAAAGAAUGUUUAAAUAACCUAAAUCCAGAAUGUCAGUGUGAUGUAUCGAGAGGUUACAUUGGUAGUGAUCCAAAGCUGUGUAAAUUGUCGGAAAACCCUUGCUCUUCAACUGGAUUUGAACUUGUAUUGAAUGGUAGCUGUUUAAAGUGUUCAGAUGAUAAGUACAAAGACCAGAUUGGAUAUGGGAAAUGUGAACAACAGCCCAAAUGUGAACAUCCGUAUGUUGUCAACCAGCAAGGAGAUUUCAGAACAAAAAGGACUUGCAAACUACAACCAACUGUAAACACACCUUUCCCAGGAAAGACAACUUCUAUUCCUAGUUCUGUUCCUACUACUGAUAAAGGAGAUACAAGUAUUCCAACCCCUGCAGUUACUGUUAAUGAUACAUCAACUAACAGUCCUCCAGGGAAGGAAGCCAGUAGUGAUGAGGAGUUGAUACUCGGCGUUGCAGUGAGUGGAUUCAUUGUGGCAACAGUCAUAACGGGAGUUAUCUAUAAAGUGUUCAGAAAUAGGAGGGAAGAUGAUUGUGAAGAAGCAACAAUAGUAUUGUGUAAUAGAUGUGGUCGCAAGAACUUGAAUCAUAUUGAGUUAAAUGAUGUAGAACAAUUCAAUGAUGGUGGUAAAGACACAGACAAUAAUAACAAAGAAACAGAUGGUUUACUUCAAGAUUCCAUUCUGAACUUAAGUGAAACAGGGGAAAAAGAUGAUUUGUCUAUAGUUGAUGCAAAACCAUGUAACACUAGAAGAAAUGGUGAUCAGGGUGUCUUACAAACAGGAAGGACUUCAGAAUCUGGCAGCAGUUUGAUAGGAGCAAGAAGUAACAGCAUUCCAGACAUGUUAUCUUGUGGUGCAAGACCAAUCUUUGAUGAAAGUUGUCAACCCAGUGGGUCUGGUGUAAAAAGUGGAAAAACCAAAAAUGACUGUAGAGAAACUUUACCGAAAGCCAUACAUAGACAACCAGAAAUCCAUUCAGAUUCCUCGAAAAAUGUAGAAUCAGUUGUGAAAAAUGCAAAUACAAAGCCAGGUGCAAUUAAGAUUGAAAGUGUUGUAUCAGAAAGUACAUCUGUUCAGUCAGUUGACUAUGUUUUAAAUAAUGUUGAAGAAUGUAUUAGUAAAAGUCAGCUACCUCAUUCACCUGAUAAUGUUACAUGUUGUGAAAGAAGUCGCUUAGCAGACCGACAUUCAGUUCGUAGUGAAUUGAAUGACACAGAGCUAAAAAAGGAAGUUUCAUCAGAAGACACAAUUGUAAAAGCAAGUGAACAAAUAUCUACUUUUUCUCAAACACCAAGUUUACAUGUAGAUUCUAUGUUGUCUGGAGGGAAUACCAACUCCUCUGGUCCUUCUUAUAUGUAUCUCCUAAGAUGGGAAAUAUCAGGAGAUGACAGGCCAAGAAGAGGUAGAAUAGAAUACUGGGAAAAUCAACAUUAUGGUCGUAAAUCCAAAGUUUUGAGGGAUCUUGAAACUGGGAAGGUACUGUUGAAAAGUCCACAGAAGUAUAUGACACAUAAUGUUGUUUACCUUGUACCAGACAAUCAAAAUCAUGGUAUUGAGCCUUUUAUGCAGAUCAAACUGGAACAGUUAGAAGAUGAAAUAGACAUUCAAAGCCUAUUGAAAUCAGGUGCCACUAUUUAUGAUUUGGACACAUUUGAGACUAUAAAUCCACAAAGACCAGAGUUAAAUUCAGCAUAUUCUGGACAGCCUUUAUCUGGACAGCCUUUAUCUGAACAACCUCAUCACAUGCCUUUACCACAUGAACAAAACCAAUCAGAUAGUGGAAUAGACAAUAACACAGGAAACAAUGAAGUGCAGAAUGAAGACCCAUUCAACAGUCUUUGUCUUGGAAGUUUUGAGAAUGAUAAUUGAGUCUGGAACAUGAUCUGGGGAGUUUUGAUUAUGCAUUCAAGCAUUAAAACCAAUUCCCCAUAAAUUGAUCUCUACAAUUAAUGCACAUGUAUUCUGAUAUUUUUCCCUUUGAAUCUUGCAUUAUUCAGCAUUAUUUACAAUUUUAUUCUGAAGAUCUGAUUUCAGUAAUUCCUGGUUGUAUGAUCUUUUUUUUUUUUAAUAAAAAAAAUCAUUGAAAAACUCAUUAAUGAAAUGAACUAUAUUUUCCAAGAUGCAUAUAUAAUAGGAAAAUUAUAUUUCUUGACAUUACUAAUUUUUGAUUGACUAUUGAUAAUAUUUGCUCAUUCGUUAUUGUACAGUGUAUUUUUUAAAAGUUUAUCUAUUUAAAGUUUCAUGUUAUUUUUGAAAUAAUAUAUUGGUAUUAAAUAUAGAUAAAUCUACUUAUAGUUUGUAAAUGGAAAUAUUUACUGUUGAAAAGAAGAAAAAUGGUUUGGUGAUAAACUUGAGGUUGUAACAUUGAAGUUAGUGCCUCAAAGUGUAUUAUUUUGUACAUAAAUAUUUUGAAAUAUAAAUUUUCACACAUUAAUAAUCCAAAAUAUGUAUAGAAAUGAAAGUUAAAAUGUUCAUAUAUUUCUUUUUGUGUGAUUUUUACCAUAUCACUUGGGAUGGACACAUAUACUCAUGUCCUGUCACCCGAAAAACAUUAAAAAUUGGACCAACAGUUUUACUGUGUAUCUAUAACUCUAUGAUUUUAUUUGAUACAUACAAUUGACUAAAUGUCUAUAAGCUUAAAUGUAAUGGUAUUUCCCAUUGGCCAAGUCUAAACUUGUUUUAGAAUAUCAUUAAGUACCUGGAAAUACACAACAUUACACAUAUUAAAGAAAGAAAUUUUAAAAGAUGUUAAGUGUAAUUGAGUUUAUAACAAAUUAAAAUUUUAGUUUGUUGCAAAAAGGAGAAAAUAUUAAAAUAGCAUGUUGAUUGUGAUGAAUUAAACAGUGCUAGUUUAAUAUUAACAUGCUAUUUUUAUCAGUUUAGUAUUUCCUCCAGAAAUGUAAUUAAAUCUUUAUCUAGUCACUAUUUGAUAUUCCUUGUUUUUUGUAGAUGUUUCUAGGCUCCAUUUAUUACUGAGGUUGAUAUAAACAACUGUAAUACAAGUGGGAUGUUUUGCUAGCAAUAAAACCAAGUUCAACCCACAUUCUUCUUCAGAAAAUGUCUGUUCCAGGUCAGGAAUAUGACAGUUGUUUUCCAUUCAUUCUGUUUGUUGAUAUAGUCGAGCAUUUGAUUAUGUCAGGUUUUAUGGACUUUCCCCUUUUUGAUUUUACCUUGGAGUUCGGUAUUUUUAUGCCCCACUUACGAUGGUAGAAGGGCAUUAUGUUUUCUGGUCUGUGCGUCCGUUUGUUUGUUCUUCCGUCCUUCUGUCUGUCCCGCUUCAGGUUAAAGUUUUUGGUCAAGGUAGUUUUUGAUGAAGUUGAAGUCCAAUCAACUUGAAACUUAGUACACAUGUUCCCUAUGAUAUGAUCUUUCUAAUUUUAAUGCCAAAUUAGAGUUUUUACCCCAAUUCACGGUCCACUUAACAUAGAAAAUGAUAGUGCGAGUGGGGCAUCCGUGUACUUAAUAAUGGACACAUUCUUGUUGUAGGUGUUUCUUUAGUCCCCUAACGACGAAGUCAAAGGGGACUUUAGGUUUGAACUCAGUCCGUCUGUCUGUCUGUCUGUCUUGUCUGUCUGUCUGUCUGUCUGUCCAUCUGUCAGUCCGGCAAAUCAGUUUUCCACACUUUUUUUCUUCUUACUUGAAGAUAUUGAUUUGAUAUUUGGUGUAUUGUUUUAUCAUGACAAGUUACAGAUCAAGUUCGAAUUUUGUUCCGGUCUGAUGAUUUUGUGCAGAGUCAUGGUCCUUGGACUUAGAAAAUUCACUCAAAUAAUCAGUUUUCUGCACUAUUUUUCCUCUUGCUUGAAGAUAUUGAUUUGAUAAUUGGUAUAUAGUUUUAUCAUGACAAGUUACAGAUCAAGAACAAAUUUUGUUCCGGUCUGAUGAUUUUGUGCAGAGUUAUGGUCCUUGGACUUAGAAAAUUCACUUAAAUAAUCAGUUUUCAACACUUCUUUUCAUCAUGCUUGAAGAUAUUGACUUGAUAUUUGUUAUAUAGUGUACACCAUGACAAGAUAUAGAUCAAAUUAGCAUUUUGUUCCAAUACAUUUUGUUCCAAUACAAUGAAUUUUUAACCGGUAGGGUACUAUGUAUUGCCAUGCAAUACUCUCAGAAUGCUUGUUGAUACUUAUUUCAACCUCAGCUUAACCUAAAGACUUAAAAGAACAGUAAAAUUUGUCAAAGACUAAGAUGUGACUAUACUAUAAACUGUUAACAACUGUUAAUUUUUUGCGUUUUGUUGAUAUUCAUAUAUAUUUGUAUUCCUUAUUAUGUAACAACUGAAAAAAUUAAUUGUUUUUUAUUAUCAUUGCAAUUGAAUUCAAAAUUGUUCCCACACUUACAUGAUAUUACUGAAAUUCAACUAUAAUGAACUGUCAAACAAAAAUGUAAUGAAAGUAAUUUUUAAAAAAUAGUAUGACCUAGUCAAAAUUUUAAGAGUUGAUGAUUAUGAUAGCUAGCCGAGUUGUGCAAGCAGUGUUCUCAUAAAGUGCUGAAAUUUAAAUAGAAUAAAAUUUUGUUUGAAUUUAAUAUAUUUAUAUUAAUCUUAUUACAUAUCUUUGUAUAAAAUAUUAUUUUUGAACAACUAGAUUUCUUGUCAAAAUGAUUUAAAUUCGAAAUGUGACAGUCUUUUUUCAGUCUUUUUUUGGUUUUACAUUUAUUGAAAAUCCUAAUUAAAAUUGAUUUUCUUUGGAUGUUUAUGAAUUGACAAACUGUUUUUCAGGUUUUCCUUUUAUUUUUAGAUGAAAAAUAAUAACUUCAUGUCUGUUUCAGUAAAUAUUUGAUCUGAUUUACCAUUGAAGCCGAAUAAGACAUUACCUGCAUGUCCUUUAAAUUUUAAGAUUGUCUUAUAAGAAAUAGAGAUAUGUUAUUAUAGGUAUAUAUACCUCAUUUAAAAUGAGACUAAUGUAUAAAUAUCUAUUGUAGUUAGUUUAGACUUAGAUAUGUGUGUUGUAAAGUAGCUCAUUUAAAAUGAGGUUAAUCAAUAUUCAUGCUUAUUUUAUAAUGUUUGUCAAAAAGAACAAGGAUUGUUUAGUACUUUCUUAUCCAUAGGAAAAUUGUUCAUUGAUAAGGAUUGAAGUGUAAUGAAAAUUGUUUGAGCCAAUUAUGUUUUACAAAGGUGCUAGGUGUUGCUCUGAGAUAUGUAUUUGAAGUUGUUCUUGUCAUGUCACGUAGGCAUAUUGAAUGACUUCUAAUUUUACCAAAACAAAGGUAAAACUUGCAUAUUUUUUAGGCAAACUUUCUAUCAGAUAUUUUUAUUUUCACUUCAUUAAUCUCAAGGUAAAAAUAUUGUUGACCUGUCUGUCAGUUAAGUUAGGUUUAUGGAUGAUAUAACUUGUGAUCUAUACUGAUAGGAAUAAACCAGGGAUAUAUAUGUAAUUGAGACAUGAUUGUUCAAAGUCAAGGUAACAGAUACUAAUUUAACAGUAGACCCACUUUAUGACAGAAAAAGGCUUCCCAGAAGAAUUUGCUCAAAAGCCUUUGGUUAAGUGGUCACAUUUAAUGAGUGAAAAGUCCCUUUUGAUUAUGGGGUCAACACGCCCAAGGGAAAGGUAAAAGAUACUAUAUAUACAGACCAAAAUCAUUGAAGAAAAUGGGUUUAGUUGUAGUUGAUGACUUAAGAAACUUACUUGGGAUUUGAAAUAUCAGGUCACAAAUGAUAUGAAAAAGAUCCCUAAUGAAUUUUGGGUCAACAUGUCAAAAUCGCAGAUACUAAAAAAGACCCAAAUUACUGGAAGAUGGAGGAUUUCUGGAGAUGAACCAGAUUUAAUGAUAGGGUUAUGUUUAAUAAGAGGAAUGAUCAGAUUGAUUUUAAGGUUAACACCUCUAAUUUCAAGGUCACAGGUGCUGCAAAUGGAUUGAAUUUGUGCAGACAAGGAUUUCUGGAUGCUUGAUAACUUUACUUGGAAGUGGAAUAAAACAUAAGUAUUUAUUAUCAAAUAUUGAGAUUUGUAAUACUUUUUAAGGUCAAUACCGCAAAGGUCAGUUCAUAAUAUUUCAAUUUAAAAAAAAUUAUUCCAAUAAGGCUAAUGUGUCAAAGAGACAACAACCUGACCAAAAGGCAGAAAACAGCCCAAGGCCACCAAUGGGUCUUCAACACAGCGAGAAAAUCCCAUACUCGCAGGCGGGCUUCAGCUGGCCCCUAAUCAAAAAUGUGUACUAGUUCAGUGAAAAUGGACGUCACACUAAACUCCGAAACAUAUAAAUGAACUAAAAUUAAAAAAACAUACAAGAUUAAGAAAGGCCAGAGGCUCCUGACUUGGGACAGGCGCAAAAAUGCGGCGGGUUUAUUAUAAAUAAGAAGAUGUGGUAUGAGUGCCAAUGAGACAAUUCUCCAUCCAAUAUGUUUUGUGAGAUCUCAACCCUCCCCUAUAACUCUAGCCAAUGUAUAAUAAACAAACACACAGCAAUACGCACAGUAAAACUCAGUUUCAAAGAAGUCAUAGUCCGAUAUCAGAAUAGGUAACAGAACUGGUUGAAGUAUGAUUUUAGAUAUCAUUAUUGUAACAUUUUGGUUAUUUAGAAAUAAGUCAUGAAAAAUAAAAGUGUCUAGAUGUUAAUAUCUACCCAUUUAAGAGUCAGAUGAAGGUACAUAAAAAAAAGGAAGGAAUGUGAACAAUUUUGCUAGAAAAAGAAUGUGUUUAAACUGUUUUGGUAUACAAUUGUAAAUUCAAGAGUUAUUUGUUUAUAAUCUCUUAAUAAAAGGGAACGGCCAAAAGAGACUCCUUUAAAUCUUCAUUGAUUUUUUAUAAAUUGUACUAUGCAUAAAGAUUUUAAUAGAGAAGUUAAACAUCAAACAUGACAGGAGAAGCUUAUUUGGCUCUGUGAACCCAUGACGUUUUUUUAUAAAGUGAUUGAAUCAGUCAAUAUAACAUGUGUCUGUAGGCAGCUUUUCCCGAAAUUGCAAUAAUUAAUCAUGCUUUUUUGUCCAAUUUUAAAAAAUCUUAAUAAUAAAUUCAAGCAAUAAUUUCUGAAUUUACAGUAUAAUACGUUUCAAAUGAAUUAAAUUUGCGUUUGUUUUUAAAGCAUAAUAGUUUGCAUGCAGAAUACAAACAAUGCACAAAAAAGUGUGUUGAUUAACAAGGUAGGCAGAGCUAAUAAUUCUAUAAUCUUGCAUUGCUUUCAUACAGUGGUUCAUAGGAAUUUAAAGCAUAUGACAGAAUAAAAUGAUUCAUCUUCCAAUGAUUAAACAUCAACAUUUGUAUGAAUUGAACACUGUUGUAAUUUAUUAUGGUGUGAAUUCUUAAAAUAUAUUCCAAAUUAGAAUUUUGACAGUUCACUGAAUAUAGAAAUAUGAAAGUGUAAGCAGGGUAUGGUUUUCAUGGACACUUAUAAUUGUAACUAUGUUAUCAUCUACACUGCAUGUGGUUUAUACAUGCAAGUAUGUAAGUUAAAUUGAAUUUAUAUAAAUAAAUGUCUGUAUUGAAAACCCAUAUAUAUAUAUGGUUCAUAUAUUACAAAACACAUGUGUUUUGCUUAUUUUGAUAAGUGAACUAUUGAAGGCAAAUAUUGAAGUACAUGCUUUAAAAAAAUGUUUUUGAAAAAUUUAAAUGUAUAUAAGAAAAACCAGAUGUCAAAAUAAAAUGUGUGUAAAAUUUU